AAGCAGCAUGAACCCAUUCAAGACGAUAACCUCCAUUAUUGAACCAAUAAAAUGUACACUUUUGCAUUACCUCAGUUUCUUCCAACUGCCAUCUCCUGGAACGGGCUUUAUGGAUGACCGGAAAGACUGCUCUGACAACCUUCCAAGGUUAUCCAGGCCUCACAUCAUCCACACUAUACAGCACCAAGAGGAGAUUGCACGCCGUAAGUUGGCUGAACAAUCCAGUAACCUUGCUGCUGCUCCUGCCAAUAUCAAUGGACCGUUGGGUCCUGUCAUUCAAAUGCCAAGAAGCAGUGGGUCGUUUCGUGCGGUGCCAAAUUCCGAUGGAACACAUCCUACAAACUUACCAUCACCACCUCCACAGCAUGAAUCUCAAGACAAAUUACAUCCUGUGGGACAGUCUGCAAGUGCUGUAAAACAGUCGCCUGCUGUGAAAAAGCCAACUAAUAGCCAAGGCCCCCCUGCUGGAAAAUCGGAAAGUACUUGGAAGUACGUAGUUGGGAUUUGCAUUGGAGUAAUUUUGCUCAUUCUUGCUGCUUCUGUGUUCUUAAUCUGCCGAAUCAGAGCGGCUAGAACAAUUGGCCCUUGGAAGACUGGAUUGAGUGGACAGCUGCAAAAAGCAUUUGUUACAGGUACUCACAUCAUAUUGUGCCGAAAAGUGAUACUGCUAAUAUUCUGCUCCCCACCCUGAUAGUAGUUGCAUUGC